CCGGGCGAGCGGUGCGGCCCCGGCUGCGGCCGCCCCUCUGCGCCCGGGGAGUUGACAUUCUGCAGGACUCGCGCGACGUCCCGUCGCCGGCGCUCCCCGGGACCCCGCCGCCGGGAGGAGGGGGCGGAGGAGGGUGGAGACUGCGGGGCUUGGCCAAGGAAGGCGCAUAUCCUCAGGCGGGCGGCCGUGACGCGGCGGGGAUUAACUUUGCAUGAAUAAUGUGAGUGCGCUGGGGAAGGAGACCUUCUGCUCCCGGGCUCGGGCAGCGCCCGCAGGCGGCCUUCCCCGGGCAGGGGCGCCCGACCCGGCAGGCUGGAGGACACCGGUCACAUCCUACUAUCUUACCCCAGGAUACCUUACAAGACUUUGUCAAGCAUCUUGCUGAAAUAGAUCUGCGUUUUCCCUCCCAUUGGCCGUCCUGCGUGGGUACCAAGUUCCACACGGGAUUUCAUGGAUUGUCAGGAGAUGUCAGUGAAAAAAAGGGUCCGGAAUGAUUACUAACCCAUGACUCCCAACAGUAUGACAGAAAAUGGCCUUCCAGCCUGGGACAAGCCGAAGCCUUGUCCCCACGGCAAGCAGGAGUGGAAGCCUGUGGGAAUGUCUGAAGCCUGCCUGCACAGGAAGAGCCCCCCAGAGAGGCGCAGUGCAUUGAAGAAUGAACAGUCGCCCCGGCAUCUCAUCCAGGCCACCUGGACCAGCUCCAUAUUCCAUCUGGACCACGACGAUGUGAACGAUCAGAGCGUCCCUAACGCCCAGACCUUCCAAACGGAAGAGAAGAAAUGUAAAGGCUACAUCCCCAGUUACUUAGACAAGGACGAGCUAUGUGUCGUGUGUGGUGACAAAGCCACCGGCUACCACUACCGCUGCAUCACGUGUGAAGGCUGCAAGGGUUUCUUUAGAAGAACCAUUCAGAAAAAUCUCCAUCCAUCCUAUUCCUGUAAAUAUGAAGGAAAAUGUGUCAUAGACAAAGUUACAAGAAAUCAGUGCCAGGAAUGUCGCUUUAAAAAAUGCAUCUACGUUGGCAUGGCAACAGAUUUGGUCCUGGAUGACAGCAAGCGUCUGGCCAAGAGGAAGCUGAUCGAGGAGAACCGGGAGAAAAGGCGGCGGGAGGAGCUGCAGAGAUCCAUCGGUCACAAGCCCGAGCCCACCGACCAGGAGUGGGAGCUCAUCAAGACCGUCACCGAGGCCCACGUAGCCACCAACGCCCAAGGCAGCCACUGGAAGCAGAAGCGGAAGUUCCUGCCAGAAGACAUUGGACAAGCGCCAAUAGUAAACGCCCCAGAAGGUGGAAAGGUCGACUUGGAAGCCUUCAGCCAUUUUACAAAAAUCAUCACACCAGCAAUUACCAGAGUGGUGGAUUUUGCCAAAAAGUUGCCUAUGUUUUGUGAGCUGCCAUGCGAAGACCAGAUAAUCCUCCUCAAAGGCUGCUGCAUGGAGAUCAUGUCCCUUCGCGCUGCUGUGCGCUACGAUCCAGAAAGUGAGACUUUAACCUUGAACGGGGAGAUGGCGGUGACUCGGGGCCAGCUCAAAAACGGGGGUCUCGGGGUGGUGUCCGAUGCCAUCUUCGACCUGGGCAUGUCGCUGUCUUCUUUCAACCUGGAUGACACUGAAGUCGCGCUCCUUCAGGCCGUCCUGCUGAUGUCUUCAGACCGCCCAGGGCUUGCCUGUGUUGAGAGAAUAGAAAAAUACCAAGAUAGUUUCCUGCUGGCCUUUGAACACUAUAUCAAUUACCGGAAACACCACGUGACUCACUUUUGGCCAAAACUCCUGAUGAAGGUGACAGAUCUGCGGAUGAUUGGAGCCUGCCAUGCCAGCCGCUUCCUGCACAUGAAGGUGGAAUGCCCCACGGAACUCUUUCCCCCAUUGUUCUUGGAAGUGUUUGAGGAUUAGACUGACUCAUUCUCAUAAUUCCAACAGCACUGCUGGGUGUCAUUUCAUUCCAUUGCCUAGCUCUUUUUUGUUUGUUCCUUUAUUUCUCUGUGUUGGGAGGGAUUGUUUGGGGGAAAGGGGAGGUAGUCCUUGGCCUAGACAUGGAUGAAAUUGCCCCUUGAAUGCGGGUACUUGUAACUACUGCAUUUUGUUCUCCAGUCCUUUGAUGUGAAUGCUUUGGAGGUUUUACAGUUGUGGAGGUGGCAGGGGACAAUCAUUAAUUCACCAGCACCAAGCCAUCACCAGCUCCCAUCUGUCCCAGUCAGAGACUGGAGCGAGCAGAAUGGUGCGGCAGAAGACUAAAGAAGACUUAAAACCAAGACAAUAUCGUCAUCUUGAACCUAUCCUGAUUUUUGCAGCACUCAUAUUAGCACGUUGCAGACCACCUUUGGUUAGAUGUGGCUUUCAGCUUACUAGGGAAAGGUCUGAACAAAUUUUUACCUAUUCAAGAGCAUGCUGUUUUCAGCACUCUUUAUUCUCUCUUAGCAGCCUAACCUGGAAUGUAUAGGAAUAUUUGUUUCCCAACAAUUAGCUGUCCUUUCACUAUAAUUGUUACAAUCCUAUGAUUUAAUUCGAGUUAUACAAGGGCAUGACUCAAAGAUGUGCAGGUGUUUGACUGAUUCAGGCCAACUAGGAAAAUAAUUUCUUGCAGUAAGCCCAAAGAAAUUCGAAGUCUUCACGAAUGUCAGUGACUCAACAGUUUCCAAAAGUUCACCUAGUGUUACCUCAUAGUAAGAAGGCUUCUUACAGUUUAGGCUCAGAGAAAAUUCCCACAAAAAUCAAACCUAUUUUACGGUGUUGUCGCUGUUCGGUGACAUCUGACCCCUCACCUCCCAAACUCCUGAGGUUAUCCGGCCUGACUGCAUCUCUGCUGAGCCGACAACACACCUCCCUAUGGAUCAACCCUUCUGACCAAGGAGCGAUAACAAGCUGAAAUCUAAGUCUUGUUCUGGAGGGAUGCCGGGGAGAGAUUAGUGCAGUUGCGUUCUAAGUUGAAGGAAAUGCAGCGCUCUUAGAGCCUCCUCUCAUCCCGAUGCUCUGAGGUUGCUUCCUUCUGGUCUUAGAUCCUCAGGCUCUUUGCUUUACUUACAAGUGUGUCCUAGGCCCCUUUUCCCUCUGACUCUGAGGCUUGGCUCUCACCAAACAAAGCCUGGUGCGGCCACUGACCCUCUCUGUCCCUCUGAUAGCCUUGCCCUGGAAGACACUCAGCAGGAAGCACCUGUAGACCAUGCACACGAACCCUCACUCACCCUCCCUGCCCAACCAGCCUCCCCAGUGACAAACGCUGGAGUAGGGUGUGCCCAGGCGGCACAUGGUGCCCCUGGUCACUUCAAUGUCAGAAGACGGGCAAAGGAUAUACCCAUGCAAUCGAAUGUAUCUCAUUCUUCACUGGCAUGGUAGACAGAAACUAUUCCUCUGCCUGCCUUGUACUGCCUUAUCCUGGAAGUAUUUGGGAAAAUAAGCCAUAUCAGUGAAACUUGCCUAAAAACCACAUGGAUUCAUUCUUUUUUAACUAGCCCAGAAGCCAGGGUGCCUGAGUUCUAGUGUGUGCUGUCAAGUGGUAGAUGUGUGACCUUGAGUCUUGGUUUUCUCACCUGAUGAAUAGGUAGGUCAUGAACUCUAAAAUCCUUCCCGUCCUUAAUACUGUACUAGUUUGGGGGAUGGGAGAAGGGGGGAUCAGGUUCUUUUGAUGGUUUCUUUCACAUUCAAAUUUCUAACUUUAUUAGACAGAAAUUGUGGCCCUCUUAACAGUUAAGGAAAGUAUAUGUGGUGUUGAUUCAAAAUAGGAAUUUGACAUACUUCUCAUCAGUUAUUUAGAGAAAGGCAUGAUGGCUUUGGGAAAGGAAGAACAGCAUUAAAAAUCCCAAGUGUGACCAGAAAUAAUCUGGGAGGAAAAUGAUUUGUUUAAAGUGCUAAAGCAAUUAUACUGGCUUCUGGGGAGGAAAGAAAACAAGAACAGCACUAUGGAACUUGCUAACCAGAGAAAGGAAAUAGGUGGAGAGGUUGAAAUUAUGAACAUGAAGUUCACGGGCAGACUACUGGCUUUGACUUAUCUACAGUGUUUUGGUUCUGUUUUCUUAGGCAGCCUCUAGCCAGUCUCCUCAAGCCCUCAUGUUAACCUCUCAGCUCCCUCCAUUGACUCUCCUUGGAGAACUACUCUUUGAAACAUAAGCGUUUCAUCACCUUCUCUGCUCUGGGGCAACUCUGAGAAGCUUUUCAGGGUGGGGCAGGUUUUCCCUCCGAAGGGAAGGAGAGAAAAGCAAGCAGGGGGAUCCUGGAGGUUCUCCUCGGUCAGCAGAGCUCCCCAGGAAAGUCUCCUCAGUUUGUUUGACAGAGAUUCCCCAGUGCGUCAGACACCCCCAGAUUCAGUGUAGCUAACAGCCUGAUCUACAGCUGCACUGCAGUACUUUAGGGAUUAACAGGAUUGGCCACUGGCCCAGCAGUUUGGUAGAUCCACAGCCACCCAACCAGCCCCAAGUAAGUAUGUGUGACCCUUGGCUCCCUACACGAUUGCCUUAAGCAGGCAAACCCCUGAUCUAAACAUCUUGUCGAAGGCUGACUACUUUAUACUGAGUAGGACAAGCCUUCAGGUACUUCAGGUUGAAAGGAAAGGCCAUAAGGACUGAAAGCACAACCCCAGUGGUCAAGGUGACUCAUUCCUUCUGUAACUGAUUGAGGUACUUAGUGCACCUCAAGACUCCAUCCUAUAAAACUCGAUUAGGAGGGAUCUGCUCUGGAUUAUUUUAAACAUUUUUUCUUAUGUUGUCCAGACUUUCAAAUCAAAUGUGGACUGACUGAAACCCUUCCCAGCGGGGAGACAUCCCAGUAGAGGAGAACACACCGUACAACUGGGAUUCCUAUUUAUAAAUCACUUAAAUUUGGGGUGUCCGGUGUGUGUGUGUAUGUGUGUGUAUGUAUGUGUGUGUGUGUGUGUGUGUGUGUGUGUGUGUGACCCUCAAGUGUACUUUGCUCUUCAAUUAGACGUGAAGCAUUUCUAGAAAUAGUGACAAAAGUUAAGAUCUUUUCUUCUUUACGAUUCUGCUCAAAACACCACAUGCCGCCUCCGAGCUUCUGCUAGUCACAUGAGCCUCGGUCCUCAAUGGCACACUUUGCCGUGUUGCUGCCUCAGCCCUGUGAUGCCUCUCACCUGCGCCCCGAGAGACGCCUCUUCCACCUGCAGCGCGGUCAUCGGACCGCCCAGCCCGGCUCCACCCCCGCGUCGCCUCUGAGUGAACAGGGGUGCAGGCUUGGUUCCUCCUCAGCCCUAAACCCCCUCAGACCCAGCCUCCAUGAACUGCGGAUGCCCUCAAAGCAUGUCACUGUCCGUGAUACAUUUUUAUUCUAUGGACCUCUAACCCAUUCGUGUCAUGUUGACCUUUUGCUGCAUGAGUCAUAAAAUAUGAAACUGGUCUCAUGGUUUUUGAAACGUAGCCAGCAUUUGUAAGGCUAAACCUUUUUCGUAAACUGAAUUGAAGUGAAUAACCAGGCCACAGUUCCUCUUCAAAAGGAGAACGCUUACAGACAUUUGAAUCUCGUUGUCCUUUCCAAUGGCUACGGCAUCAAGGUUCUAAAAUAAGCUCGUAAUUUUUCCUGUUAUUUUAAUAAUAUGGAGAUAUUAGCAUAGUGUUUCUUUUGAUAGGGACAGACUAUAAUCCAUAUUUAAAUUUUAUAGAGAAGAAAUUUUAUUGUACUGUGAUGUAGAUAUUUAUUAUCCAGGUAAGGAUUUGCCCGGUGUGUAUUUUUUACAAUUGAAACAUUUUACUUUAAUCUUUAAAAGAAAAAUAAAAACUUUAAACACACACACACACACACACACACACACACACACACACACAGACUAAGGGAAAAAAAGGUUUGGCCUUAUCACAGAAGUUUUACUGUGCUGUACAAAUGUUUGCAAAUGCAAAAAGUGUGCAUUUCUAGUGUGUUUCUACAUUCAUUAAUGCCGCCUUCAAGAGCAAUAUCGUGCAGAUACAAUGCUGUUUGUGGCUUUCUGUUGCACAGUUAAAGCUGACCCACCUUAUGCACAAGACAAUCAGAUUUAACUCUGUCCUCCUCAGGAUGCAGAUGAUACCCAUGUACGUUACGGAGCACAAUGCAAGACAAAGGAAGACACUUUGAUUACAUGUGUAUUGCUGACAUAGAAGAUGUCAGGGCAUGCAUGAGUUGACAUUAUGCCACCCCUUUCUUUUAGUUCUUCCUAAUUGGCAUUUUUCAUCUGAUUAUAGAGCCAAAUUAGUUAUGAAGCCUUUCUUCAGAGAAAACACCUUUUAUCCCCCAUCAUGUUUUCAUGUCCUGAGAAUCAGAAAAAUUCAACAGAAUAGGAAAAGAUUUACAGUCAUCGGAAGAUUUGUUUUGCAAACGGUGUUAAGUGAUAUUGCUAGAUCGGUAAUAUUUUUUUCAGCCUAAAACUCUAUUGAAAUCUGUGAUCAAAAUGUUUUAAACUAUCCAAAAUGAAAAUUUGUAUAUUUGGGAAAAAUGGAUUUUUACAUAGCUUUUGUAUGCAGAUAUUAAAUUGUAAUUAUGACUAUAGCGGACGUAGAUAAACUCAUAAGCUACAAUUCUAAAAAAGAAAAAAAAGAAAAAGCUUAUAACGGAUAUAA